UAAAGAUUAACUUUGCGAGUCUCUGAAAAAAAAUAGCCCUUCAAGAUGAUUAACCUCAACGAUUGAUUUGAGAUCGAACGGUCAAGAUCAAUAAAUGCGAUGACGCAGUUACUGCACCGAAUCCAAACCUCUUAUCCAUUAUUAUAUAAAGGGUUCACAGCCACACCAACAAGUCAUCAAAAUCUCCUACCUACAUCAUUCAGCUCUCAUCUUAUUCAUUCUCAAUCCUUGAUGGGUAUGGUAUUUGGAAAAAUUGGUGUUGAGACACCAAAAUAUGAAGUAAUCAAAACCACACCAGACUAUGAGAUCAGAAAAUACGCACCUUCUGUUGCAGCUGAAGUCACCUAUGAUCCAUCACAGUUCAAAGGCAACAAAGAUGGUGGCUUCAUGAUUCUAGCAAACUACAUAGGAGCAUUAGGGAACCCUCAGAACACAAAACCCGAGAAAAUCGCCAUGACUGCACCUGUUAUUACAAAGGAUUCUGCAGAGAAGAUAGCCAUGACAGCACCAGUGGUGACAAAUGAGAGGAACAAGAUGGUGACCAUGCAGUUUAUUUUGCCAGCUAGUUAUGGAAAAGUAGAGGAUGCUCCUAAGCCUAUUGAUGAGAGGGUUGUGAUCAGAGAGGAAGGAGAGAGGAAAUAUGGAGUGGUGAAGUUUGGAGGUGUGGCAAGUGAUGAAGUGGUGAAGGAGAAGGUGGAGAAGCUGAAGUUGAGUUUGGAGAAAGAUGGUUUUAAGGUUGUUGGGGAGUUCUUGUUGGGGAGGUAUAAUCCACCUUGGACUAUUCCAAUGUUUAGGACUAAUGAGGUUAUGAUCCCUGUUGAAUGAAACAUCAUAGAUGUAAUCAUAACAUAGGUUUCUGUUUUUUCUGUUGUAUUCUGUUACUUCUGUAAUGUUGUUUAUGUCGAGAACUUUGAGUAUUUUGUAGUGAUGAUAUGAAGACUGUUUUCUUAGUUCAA